AUGGGCAGUGAAGCUCUGGUGCUCCCGACCCCGGCCGAGCCGAACGAGCGGCCUGCUCUGCCCCUUGAUGGAUCUGUCGUCAAGAUGAAGGGCCUGCCCUUCAAGGCCAAUGUCGACGACGUCCUCAAGUUCUACCAGGGCUUCAGCUUGGCCAGCAGCGCGGUGUAUCUGAAGCGCCAUGCGGACGGGCGCCUCAAUGGGGAGGCGUUUGUGAGCUUUGAGAACCCCGAGGAGGCCCGCCGCGCCUGCCAGAAGGACCGCGAGACGUUCAGUGAGAAGUGGGGCGACCGCUACGUGCGGGUGUACCCUACGCUCGAGUCUGACGUCACCGACAUGCAGCAGGCGGUCCUGCAGCAGAACAUGGUGCACACCGCGGGCGGCCACUCGCACCACACGGACAGCGUGGUCAAGAUGAAGAGCCUGCCCUUUGACGCGACCCAGCUGGACGUCAUCCAGUUCUUCGACGGCUUCAAGCUCAAGCCCAAUGGCGUGCAGCUGGUCGUGCGCUCCGACAACAAGCCCACCGGCGAGGCGUUUGUGGACUUUGAGGCGCCCGACGACGCGUCGCGCGCGCUGCGGGAGAAGGACCACAAGGUGUUCCACGAGAAGUUUGGGGACCGCUACGUGCGGCUCAUCCAGGUGUCGCGCAAGGAGAUGCAGGCCACGCUCGCGCUGCGCUUUGGGGGCGAGGGCAUCCUGAAGGUCAAGGGCAUCCCCUUCAAGGCCGGCCCCGGGGACGUGCGCAAGUUCUUCUCGGGCUACAAGAUCAAGCCCGACGGCGUGAGCUUCAUCAUGCACCAGGACGGCCGCCCCACGGGCAUGGCGUUCAUCGAGUUUGAGACGCCGCAGGAGGCGGUGCGCGCGAUGGAGAAGGACCGCGCCAAGUUUGGGCCCGAGUACGGGGACAGGUUCUGCAUGCUGCAGCUGGUGGGGCGCCACGAGAUGGACAAGGUCACGCUGCAGCGGGAGGGCGACGGCGGCGGCAACAACAAGAUGAUGGGCAUGAACGGAAUGAACGGCGCCAACGCGGCAGCUGCGAUGCAGCUGCUGCAGAGCAUGCUGUCCAACCCCGCCAACCUGUCCCUGAUGAUGGCCAACGCGCCCUGGAUGGCGCAGCACCCCGGGCUCGGCAUGGGCGGCCCGCACGGCCCGCAGCACCCGGGCCACGCGCCCGGCCAGAUGGGCCAGCAGGCGCCGCCGCCCGCCGCGCCCGCGCCGCCGGGCGGCCCCAUGCCGCCCGUCGACCCCAACGCGCUCGCCGCGGCCGCGCAGUUUGGCCAGCAGCUGGGCGCCGCCGCGGCCGGCAUGGGCAACAUUGCGGGGGCCCUCAACGGGCUCGGCCUGGGCUCGCUGCACCCCCCAGGCCAGCAGGGGCAGGGCGGGCAGGGCCAGGGGGGCGGCAUGCAGCAGCACGGCCAGUCUGGGGACGUGGGCCCCGGCUGGAUGCCCAACGCGCCGCCAGACAACAUGGUGUUCUACCAGAACUCGGGCCCCAGCAACGGCAUGGAGCGCAGCUGGGGCGACCACCGCUGA